AUGUCCUCCAGGAUAAGAUUUAUGUGGAGAAGGUUAAACCAGAUUAAAUUAAGUUAUAGAACUAGAUGCUCGGCUGUAAUACCAAUUUUUACACCAAAAACCAUUAUUGCCCCAGUCCCUUACACAUUAGGUUUCUCAAUUCUCACUCUGAUUGGUCUAGAAAAAAAAUUAAACGCCGAAGAUGAAUUAAUCAUGACAAUAAAACACUGUAUUCUCUUUAUACAAAGAAAUGAAUUUGAUAAGGCAGAGCAGUUAUUACAUGUUGCAUUGAGACAGGCGCAGCAAAUAAAUCAUCAGCUCGGUAUAACUUAUGUAUAUGACGUUAUGGCAAAUCUAGCUCUAGAAAGAGAGCAAUAUAGUAAAGCUAAGCAGUUGUUUGUGGCGGUUUCCCAGAGAUUAUUUUCCGAUGGAAUAGCUGAGGAUGAUCCCCGACUAAUUCAUAUAAGCGCCAAAUUAGCGAGAAUAAGCCAUAUGCAACAUGAAUAUACGACAGCUCAGCUGGGUUUUGAUUGGUGCUUAGAGAAACUAAGUGCCAUUAUAGAUAGAGAUCCAAAUGACAAUUAUAAACAGUUGCAGGCUAUGGUAGAAGAUUGGUAUGGAAGGUUAUUCAUAGAUUGUGAUAAAUGUGAGCUCGGCUUGAAGUAUAUGAAAAGCUCAUAUGAAAAGAUGAAAAAUCUCAAAGACAUAGGUCAAGAUCAUUUGGUGAUACAGUUGAAUGAUAUAGGAACAGUUUGUGACAAGAUAGGCGCUGUUGAUGAUAGUAUAAAGUACUUUAAAGAAGCAAUUGAUUUGGGUAAAACAAUUGAAGAUAUGCCAGAUUUGGGGGCGAUGUAUGUUAAUUUAGGAAGAGCAUACAUGAAGAAAAAUCUUCUAGAUUUUGCAAGAAAAACCUGUGGCUACGGCUGGAAAUUAGGAGUCAUGGCUAAAAAUGAUGAUAUAAAAAGUGAAGCUGAACUUUGUUUGAAAGAAAUAAAAAAUAUGGCAUAA